AGCCUCAGAGCCAGGAGGCAGAGUCGCCGCGAAGAGCCCGCGUUGCUCCGAUUUGUAGUGCGAUCUGCGGGAUGCGAUUUGAAAUGAAUUUGGCGUUUUGCGUGUUGGUGGUGCUUACCGGCUCAUCGCAGACAAGAGGCCAGAGCAGUGCCCUGCCUCCUGUCCUCACCCUGGCUGCCUUCCCGAGUCACACUGAACGAUCAGCAUCUCCUGACCUGCCAGAAGAUCCUAGGAAUGAGAUCUCACAGCGGACUCCCAGCGGGGAUGAAACCUCCACUGAGACCACGACCAUCACCACGGCAACAAUCCAUUUAGAGACUGUGACAAAUGCAGUAUAUACAAUGCACUCCUCAGUGGCAACACCUCAACACAUUGUCAUGCCUGCUCCUUCACCUUCAGCUGACGCAGACCAGCUUUCAUCUCCACCGCACGUCUCAACCACUAAUGGCGGAGUCUUUGUGACCACAGAUCCCUUCGCCACCUUUUCAUCUCUGCCAGCCCACACAGUGCAUCACACCAGCUCCACAGCCCACGCCUCCACCAUGCAGCCCCAGUCUGAAUCAUGGACCACCGCCUCCACGCAGCCGACAACCACAGGACCUCCUCUGAUCUCCGCUCCAGACCGGGGUCCUGCUGGGCCAACAUACCAGGAGGUCCCAUCUGAGCUCAAUGUUGGAGAUGAAGACCUCAAGGGGCCCAGCUACCACUCAAGCUCCCCUUUGGACCCCCUGCUGGCUGGCCUGCUGUCCGUGUUCAUCGUCACCACUGCUAUCGUCUUCGCCAUCCUCUUCCUCAAGUUCCGCCAGCGAACAAACCACCCAGAGUUCCAUCGGCUUCAGGAUCUACCCAUGGAUGAUUUGAUGGAGGACACGCCCCUCUCCAGGUACACCUCCUGAUGGACGCAUCCUCAGUCACUUCCACUACUCCAAGAACAGAAGCAAAGCAGACACCAAUGGAAGACCAGUGUGUCUCUCAGAAAAGCCUUUGCCUGGAUGCUGCAGAUGAGUUUUGGGUCAGUGAUAGAACAAAUAUAUGUAUCAGUGGUUCCAUGAGAGGGAUCCAUACAGGCUUUUAAAUGGGAGGUUUCAGAAGCACUUUUUUCCACAUUCCCUUUACAUUUCCAGAGAUCUUCAUCAUAGUGGAGACUAUGUGUUUGUGCUUCAGCCCCCUUGACUUUCUCCCCAUGUAUGCAUAGCACUUUAAUGUGGCAUGAAGGGUCCCAGUGCCCCCUAGGGGACAUCUGAGAUAAUGUGGAUCAAGGUUGCUGAUAUCCUCCAAUGUAAGGCAUGUGAUGUCAGGUUAUCCAGAGAGAAACAAGAGAGUGGGAGACCCGUGGGGAAGUUGCCAACAUGUCUAAAAUAUUUGAGGAAUAUAAAUUAAGAUCCCUUAGGUGAUAAGUGCACUUUUACACCAAACUGCCAGGUUGAUCGUGUUGUCUUAAAGCAGAGGUCUUGAUUAUACAAUUCAAAAGCCAUAUCUUUGGAAAACAACACAGAAUAUUGGACAGCAGAAGUCAAACGUCAUUCUGUUGCUCAAAUUUAUUUUUCAACUUACCUCAAAUUAUAUUUUUUAAACGGCAUUGUCGCAGCCUGUAAUGUCCAGUUACACACGGUAUGGAACUUGUCAUAAUGGUCUAAUUCUGGUCUUUAAAACUUGAAUUUGUUAUUCUGUUUUCAAUGCAUGUUUAAUCCACACUGAGAAAAUACCUCGCUAGACUAAACACUUUUCAAAGGAGCAAUUUGUAAAGGUAUAUACACUGUUAUUGUUAAAUUAGUUGUAAAAUACAUAUUUAUAAAUGUAUUUGUUUCUGCACAAGGCGUUUGUUCAAAGAAGUGGCGACGAUGAGAAGAUGCAGUUUAGAAUGUUACCUGUAUUAACUAGAGUGUCAUGCAAAUGUGCUGAAAACUAAUCUGUUGUAGCAGGGUUUGUUUUUUUUACCAAUAGUGUGUUCUGAGCUACUUUACUGUUUUGGUUAUGUAUUAUUUAAUAUGCAGGCUUUAAGAAAUUAAGAUUUCCUGUUUGAUAAUAAAUCAGAAAUCCUGAUACAAGA